CGCGUCCAACCUUUUUUGAGUUCACAUUCAUCUGGUCAGGUACCAUUGACAAUGAAUUCACUCUUCGGCGAGGCACUGUAAAAAUCUCUCAUCCAGGCCUAUCCAUCGUCUGCGUGGACCUGAACGCGUUCCCAUAAAUCAGAGGGAGGCCUCCUCAUUUUUCCCCCAGCGACUUGAGCUCCAUACAGAUACUGCUAACAAUGCGCCUCUUCUCCUCUCUCAUUGUAACCAUUGCGGCCGCCAUCGCAGUGCACGGUACCACCACCACCACCGAUGCUUCGUUGAACGCAACGGACAUCCAAGCCAUGGCUUCGCUCAACACCCAAAUCAACCAAGACAACAACUUCGGUGCUCCUGUGCCUCCCUGGGAGCAAGGGUCCAAGCCAGGGUGGUACUACGGCGACAAUCCCGACAACGUCCCAUCUUUCUGGCCCGGCCUGCCUUGGCUGGAGGACAGCUUCCUGUGCUGGAUCCUUGAACUACUUGAUUGCGGCUUCUUCUGCCCCGUGCCUCCUUUCCAACCCAAUCCCCCUCCGCCCAACAAUGGCUACAAGCCGGUGUUUUCCAACUUUAACUGCGCCGUCCAAGCAGCCGAUUACAUGACCUAUGGAUUGGUUGAUACAGUUGCGGCCUGCAUGGAUAUGUGCAACAGCGUUGAUGGAUGCAUUUUCAUUAAUCGUUCGUGCUAUUUAUCCUGUCCGAGUCGUUGUCUCAGGCUGACUGACCUUCCUGAUACAGCCUACCACGAUGUCAAUGGAAAGAACGGAAGUCCCCUCUUAACUUGCUCGCUUUUCUCCAAGUGCCACACCCUCGCAGACGCCGACAACUGCGGAGGACAGACCCAGCCCGAUGGCUCUGUCGAUUUCAUCACAGACAGUGCAGGGUAUUGCAAGACGAAGUGAUUCGUUGUAUCGCAAGAUACUACAAGGAACGAUAUGAAUAGUUAUGUAUUUGUUAGCCCGCAGAACCUGCGAAAUACCCAUAUGCCAGUGAUUAUUCGUGAGCAAUGGGAAAGAACCACAGUACGUUCAAAAUCAAAAAUUCAAAAGAGACCGAGAAACCAUCCCACCGAACGCCAAAC